AUGGAUGAUGGUUCAAUUCAACAUUUUGAAGGUUAUCGUGUACAACACAAUUUAUCACGUGGUCCUGGUAAAGGUGGUAUCCGCUAUCACCAAGAUGUCAAUCUGAAUGAGGUUAUGGCGCUUUCAGCAUGGAUGACGAUCAAAACAGCGGUAUUGAACCUACCAUUUGGAGGUGCAAAAGGGGGUGUCCGUGUCGAUCCACGUAAAUUAUCGGCUCGAGAAUUAGAGCGUUUAACUCGUCGCUAUACCAGUGAAAUCAGUCAUAUUAUCGGUCCUCAAAAGGAUAUUCCUGCACCAGAUGUUGGAACAAAUCAACACGUAAUGGGGUGGAUUAUGGACACCUAUUCAUCAGGUCAGGGAUAUACAGUUACUGGUGUGGUCACUGGUAAACCUAUCCACUUGGUGGUUGGCGAAGUUGCGAAGAAAAUUAAGCUCUCCCUUAAAGGAGCUAAAGUUGCUAUUCAAGGUUUUGGUAAUGUAGGGAGUGAAGCUGGUUUUUUAUUUGUGGAAUCAAAUGCAAAAGUUACUCACAUUCAAGACCACACAGGGACUAUUUUCAAUAAAAACGGUAUUGAUCUUGAGGCAUUACGUGAUUAUGUCACUGUGAAUGAAGGUGUCGGUGGUUUUACUGGUGCACAGCUCAUUGCUGAUGAAGAAUUUUGGUCAGCAGAAGUUGAUAUCAUGAUUCCUGCGGCUUUAGAGGGGCAAAUCACCAUUGAUCGUGCUCAGAAUAUUCAAGCUCAACUGAUUUUAGAGGGGGCAAAUGGUCCAACUUAUCCAAAGGCAGAAGAUAUAUCUGGUUGA